CAAGCCCAGAAAAAAAAGUUCCGAUAAGAACCAAAAGUCACAAAUAGAACUACAACUUUCGUGGCGAAAGGCAGCAAACGCAGCGGUGCGAAAUCCAUCGUUGGAACGGUUGGAGCUCGAAAUUAUCGCGAGACACCAUGUCCGACCCCCUCCUUACGGCUCUCUGCAGCAUCUGCCACGUCGAGGCUCCAAAGUACAAGUGCCCGCGCUGCGGCGCCCGCACCUGCUCCCUCGCCUGCGUCCGCAAGCACAAGGCCUGGGCCUCGUGUAGCGGCGAGCGCGACCCGGCCGCGUUUGUGCCCCGGGCGCAACUGUGCUCCGAUGCCGGCGUCGACCACGACUACAACUUCAUCUCGUCCAUCGAGCGGGCCAGGGACCGGUUCGAGAAGGAGGUCACCUCCGGCGGGAGAGGGUUGCUGACGGAGAAGGACAUACGAGGGCCGGAGGGCGGCGGGGAUGACAAGAGGUUCGAAAAGGUCUGGUAUGGGGACCAGCUACAUCAUGUGCCCACAUCGCGUGGCAGGGGAGGAGGGUAUGCGAAAGGGAGAGGACAAGGCCGGCCCGGCGACGACGGUCGAUCUCUUGGCGCGACCGAUAAGCAUAUUCGCCGGCGGCUGAGGGCGCAUGACAUCGAGGUACUGCUCAUGCCCAAGGGCCUUUUGCGGCAACGACAGAACAAGACGGCGUGGAACCGGAGGACAAACACCAUCAAUUGGCAGGUCGAGUGGCUCGUCUUCAGUUCCGACGUCCUGGACCUUCCGGCUCCGGCCGCGGCAGGUCAGCCCGUUCAAAUAUUGCAUAAGGCUCUCGAUGAGAAACCACUCUAUCAGGCUUUCUCCAGUUCCAUUGACUGGUACCGCGCUGGGAUCAAACGAGCGCGCGAAAACGACGGUGAAGGGGCCGAGGAUGACGCUGAGCUCCCCCCCAGAAAGAAACAGAAGACGCCACGGAAGAAACAGGUGCAUCAACUACAAGAGGUAGAUUUGACUGGGGGCCAAGAUCCCGAAUCGACGGCCUGGACACCGAGCGAAUACACCCUUCAGUAUUCCCUGACAGCAGGAUGGAAUCAGACCUCUACUGCAGGUUCUGUUCCGAUCACAAAAGAAGAGCAGGAAGCGGAGCUAGCCACGUUGAGGUUCUUCCUGCUCAAACAGCCGUCUUCCAACGGCGGCUUCAAACAACUUAUCCCGCUCUCGUCAAGAGGGCCCCUAUCGGAGGCACUUUCCGGACGCACGGUGGUGGAGUUCCCGACCGUCUAUGUCCUCAACCCGACGAUGCAACUGCCGGCCGGCUUUGCUUUAGCUUCUACCGAGCGGCGCGAACGGAGACCGGAACCACCCGUCGAAGAAGAGCACGGCGAAAGGCAGCCUCCUCGGAGGGGGAGGCCUUUCGAAGGAAGGCGAGGAGGCCGGCCACCGCUCCAGAGCCAGCGCCAAAGCUACAAACGUGUUGCGCGCCCCCGGGCCGAAGACGCCGAGGAAGGCGAGGUCAACAGCGAGGGAGAGCAGGUGGACGUCAACGACACCGGUCACAUGGCCGACAGUAACCACGGCAGAGGUGGCAGUGCCGAUGUCGGCACAGACAGCUCUGAUGAUGGCUCUCCACAGCCAGAAACGUCAAAGGCGAGCCAAGGACUCGUGGACUAUGAUUCAUCGGGCGAUUCAGAAUAAUAGUGUGGAAAGCGAGUUAGUUAUACGUUGAUAGAGGAUGAGGUCGAGCUUUAUGAUACCCGAGGAAUGCAGAUACUUGUUCGGCAGUCGCCCAUCAUGUUCUGUUUCUCUCUUAUCAGAUCCGAAAAUAUGCCCCUGCAAUUUCAGGACCGUCAUUCUCGGCCUGUAUCCCGGGUCUAGAUUCAGGGCCGCACCACCACAUACCAGUAACGAGACAUGUGUUUUUGUUUACAAAGGCAUCGUCAACAGGUAAGAGUUGCGAGCUGCUACAAAGCAGCAAGACUACCCCAAUUGGUGCUCAACUAUUGUGAAGCUUGGAGUAACGUGCUUCCUCGUGCUGUCUCGUAGGGUGGGAUCUGGG